UCAAAUUUUAUGCUUUUUCUAAUUAGAAUAGAUUUGUUGAUUAACAUUUUUAAUUAUUUAAUAAAAUGAUUUACCCACCAUCAUUUAAAUAUGAAAUUGUCAAAGAUGACAAUGUAAAUAUAACUUUAAGAUGUGAUGUGAAAUCUAUGGAAGACAUCAAUGUGUGGGUUGCUGAGUUUGGUAAAAUAAAUUAUUUAAAUUGGAACGUUAGAACUAGUGUUCCAAAUGGGCAGCGAAUUGUGUGUUCAAAAAACUUUGUUUGUCAACAUAGUGGAUUUCAGAAGCCUAGUAUAUCUGAAAAUCAAAAAGGAAUUUCGAAAAAUGCUGAAUGUCCAGCUAAGGUUAAGGCUGUUAUUAAACUGGACACAGUAUCUACAAGGAAGAAAGAUCCAUUUAUUAAGACUCCAAAUAUGUGUUAAAUUUGUGAAAUAAAAAUGAAUUCUACAUUUUUACAGAUUGAUUGACAAGUCAUAGUAAACAAUUUAUGUUAUGUCUGUCUGAUAAAAAUAAAUUGGUACUUUAAA